AUGUCGCUCGGAUUUCUCGCGUACAUCACACUCGCGUUCCUGUGCCAGAACGUAUACGCGCAAACAUGGUACUUCCUGCGCUACCAAACUCCCUCAGGCGCAGCAUUUACCCACCUGAGUGGAAAUAUGAUUGCACCCACGCUUCCUGAAGCCGCAACUUACUAUCUCUGGCCGGGGCUGCAGCCCCCGGACAAUUCGGGUGUCCUGCAACAGGUUCUUGAUGGACGAAGCGGGACAUGGUGGAUCGGAAGCGGUUGGUGCUGCUCGAACCCGAGUUUGGCCUGGGGAAGCGGUUUCAAUGUCGCCGCCGGUACCACGAUCGCCUUCUCCAAUGACGACUCCAACCGAGAUGGUACAUGGGACACCAGCCUCUCGGACAGCAGCAGUUCUGCCACCGGCUCCUUCGACCUUUAUUCCACAAGGUCUAUGAAUCAGGCUAUUUUUGCCAUCGAGCUUUAUGAUGUGAGUUGGAACUUCGGAAAGCUGACCUUCACCGACGUCGUCAUGGUCGCCAACACUACUUCCACGUCCUGGUGCACGAACGGGCCGUCCAAUUACAACAACGCCGCGGUCGUCCAGAUCGCGACGCCCACGGUUACGGUCAGUGGCGCGUCGAGCACCUGUUCCGUCAGUAGCAUCGUGCUCGUGAGCCCCGCCUGA